AUGGCUUCGGGCGAUGAAACUAACAGUUCCAGUAUGAAUAAUACAGGUAUACAUGAACAAUUAAAUGUGAUAUUGUCGGAGCUUUCCAGUUUGAAGAAAGAAGUACACAAUAACAACGUUUCUGUUUCUUCAGAAGUAAAACAUUUAAAAGCUGAACAGGAGAUAAAGUGGAAGUUCGAAGGUAAUAAGCAGCAGUAUUGUUUCAACAGUGAACUUGCGGACAUUGUUAAGCAGGCCUCGUGGGCUAUUGAACACGGCAAAUUUGAAUAUUGUGGUGACCAGCUGAAAGAGUUGGCUGAGAAGUUGCACGUUAGAAAUAAAGACAUAAGGAUAGCAGAUAGUUCCCCUGCUGGGUGGGAUACGGUGCGUCAGUAUAAGUGCAAUCCUGUAGCUAGCGAUAGCGACGAUGAAGCCAAGAUCAAUAAAGCGGAAAAUCGUGCACUUAAACGUAAACGUUCUUCCACUAAAGGGCGUGGCGCACGUGACAUUGUGCGUCCUUCUUGCCAUACGGAUACGGCUCCAACUUCGCUUAUGGUACCGGAAGCGGCUUCCACGGCGGCCCUGUCACCCCAGGGCCAUGUUUUCAUUGCGGAGAGAACACCCACUUCCGAAGAGAUUGUCCACGAGCGCAGUCAUCAGCAACUUCCGGUUUCGGACAAGCCACAGCAAGGAAGUAGUUGUCAAGAUACAGACAUUUCUAUGAAAGAUUUAUUUCUGCAGAUAUACGCUGAAGAUAUUGAAGAACUGCCGGAUGUUUUGGCGGGAAAAGUGGACUUGCUCCCGGACCUGUUGCGUAAUUCAAGAGCACGAGGAACGGACAAAAAGUAUACUGGUGCAUUUUUACGUUUUCAAAAAUGGGCUCUGUGUAAUGGGUUGGGGAGUAGGGAUACUUUGCCUGCUAAAAUACUGACAGUUGCAAUUUAUCUAGCAUCUCUUGUUCAGACUGUAAAUUCGCCAAGCCCCAUCGUUUCAGCUUUUUAUUCUAUUAAAUGGUUUCACGAUAUGUAUGGAUUAAUUUCGCCUACAGAAUCAAAAUUGGUUUUAAAUGUUCUUGAAGCUAGUAAACGACUUCUGUCAAAGCCAGUUAAAAGGAAAGAACCUAUUAAUGUAGAAAUUAUUAAUAGUAUUUAUGACAGAUUGUAUGUAGAGUAUAAUAUAAAAAGUCAACGAAUUAUCUGCGCUAUUUUGAUUGCAUACGCAGGUUUUUUAAGAAGUUCUGAACUUUUAAAAAUUCGUGUUAGAGACAUAGUGUUUAAUUCUACUUAUAUGUCUGUUUUCAUUGAAAGUAGCAAGACAGAUAAAUACAGAGAUGGGGCUUGGGUAUUGAUCGCAAAAACGGGUACAAAGUUAUGCCCAGUUGCAAAUGUUCAGAAAUUAAUAUUGUGGGGAGAAUUUCUGGAUGAUUAUUUUCUAUUCUGUAAUAUAAGUGCAACAAAAACUGGAUACAGAAGAAGGAAAAUAAAUAAGCCAAUGUCGUAUUCUAAUCUACGAGAUAUUUUUAUUGAAGUGUUAAAACCUCAUGUUGAUAAUGUUAGUAAUUAUUGUUUGCAUUCACUACGUUCAGGAGCAGCGAGUGUCAUCUGA